AUCAAUGUUCAGACACAGUCUCUUACAAUAUAGCUCUGUCGCCACAUGUGUUUCGGUUUAAAAGUUGUCGUUACACGUAGAUUUUAAUGUUGUAUGAUCAUCAAGACGAUUCACAAAUGAUCUUUGAAGGUUUCUAUCAAUUUGUCGUAUCAAACGCCUUUAUAGUAAGGCUAUGGAAUGAGAUUUGGAAUCGCGACAAGUUCCGUCAUUUAUACGAAACCAUGAAUAAUCAUUGGGAUAUAUUCACAAAUGAAUUAGAAGUUCGUAUUCUGAAAAAUUAUUCUAAUAUAUCACGAAAGUUUACAAUAUUUUAUUCAACUAUGAUGUAUCUUUUAAGUUCAAUGUUCAUAGUAAUCCCGUUGACACCAGUGUUCCUAGAUAUCAUAUUGCCUUUGAACGAAUCGCGUCCACGAAUCUUAGCGAUCGAAGUUGAAUUAAAAGUAGAUACAGACGAGUACUUUGUGCCAAUUUUUUUAUACACUACUGCUAUAAUUGUAAUAGGUAUAAGCAUAAUGGUGGGUGUCGACACAAUGCAUUUCACGUGUACCACUCAUGCGUGUAGUUUAUUCUCAAUUGUCGGUGAAGAAAUUGAAAAUAUUACAUCGACACAAUAUUUGCAAAAAUGUAAAUGUGGCUUGAAUAAACAUCAUGAAUUAUCGAGAGAACAAAUGAUAUAUCAGCAAUACGUUACGUGUUUAAGAAAAUAUCAGCUUGCAUUAAAGUUUGUCGAUAUAUUGAAUUCGACGCAUCAAACGGCUGCAAUAUUUUUUUUAUUAUUGAUUGGUGCUUCUUUAAGUUUGACUGGAGUUCGAGUCGUUUAUGUGUUAGACCAACUCGAAGAAAUGAUUAGAUUUUUGUUUAUAAUUAUGGGAGCAUUAAUGCAAUUGUUGAUUAUGUGUUAUGCUGGUCAGAAAUUAAUGGACGAAAGCCAGAACGUAUUUCAUCGAGCUUACGCAGCGGAAUGGUAUUUGUUUUCACCCAGAUUAAAAUCUUUGCUAAUUAUAACUCUUUAUAGAAGUCUCGUACCGUGCAGUUUGACUGUAGGUAAAUUCUUUCCGUUAUCAAUGUCGACUUAUGCCACGAUAAUAACAUUAUGUAUACACAGACGCAAUGGGAAAAUGGUUUUUGAAUGCCUGUAUCAAAUAGUUAUAUCGACGGCUUUUCUCAUAAAGUUAUUAAAUCAGAUUUGGAAUCGUAACAAGUUUCGUCGUUUAUACGAAAGUAUGGAAGAUCAUUGGAAUAUAUUUUCAAAUGAUGUGGAAGUUCAAGUUUUGAGAAAUUAUUCUUAUAUAUCGCAUAAAUUUACAUUAUUUUAUUCAAUACUAACAUACACGAUGAUGUCAAUGUUUAUAAUAAUACCAUCAAUAGGACCAAUGCUUCUCGAUAUCUUGCUACCUCUUAAUAAAUCACGUCCGCGAAAUGUCGCAAUAUAUAGCGAAUACGGAGUAGAUAAAGAUAAGUAUUUUGUACCGAUAUUUUUGUAUACCUCUCUUAUAAUUAUUUUUGGUAUGGCCAUUUUUGUGUCUGUUGAUAGCAUGCAUAUAGCAUGUACCGCGCACGCAUGCAGCUUAUUCCAACUUAUUGGUCAACAAAUUAAAAACGUAAUAUCGAAUGUACAUGUCGACAACGAAAUUAACGAAAUCAAAUGUUGCCCAAAGUAUAACAUGUUCAACGAGAAAAUUAUAUAUCGAAACUAUAUUAUGUGUAUAAAGAAAUAUCAACUUGCUUUAGAAUAUGUCAAUAUAUUGAAUGAUACGCAUAAGAUUGUUGGAUUUUGCUUCUUAUUAACGAUCGGUGCGGUCUUCAGUUUAGUUGGAAUUCGAAUUUUCUAUGUGUUAGACCAAGUAGAAGAAUUGCUUAGAUUUGCGUUUAUAAUCAUGGGAGCGUUGUUGCAACUGAUAAUCUUGUGCUAUUCCGGUCAAAAGUUAAUGGACGAAAGUCAGAACAUAUUCCAACGAGCUUACGCGGCGGAAUGGUACAAAUUCUCACCAAGGCUAAAAUCAUUGUUGAUCAUAACUCUUUACAGAAGUAUUGUGCCGUCCAAACUGACAGCAGGUAAUAUAUUUCCGUUGUCAAUGUCGGUCUUCGCUAUGGUGGUGCGAACAGGUAUAUCUUACUUCACGGCAUUCUUAUCAUUACAAAAUUGAUUAGUUUCAAGAUAUAAAUGUUUAGCUAAUUCUUUACUGACAUG